AUGAGAGAAUCGCGACUGGUGGUGUCUGGUGGUUGCCUUCUCGACCUUGCCACGAGCAUGAACAGAGCGUGCGCAUUGAUCACCGAGACGGUUCCCUACUACUACAUAGAUCCUACGACGAGGACAAUCCAAGUGAACCAAACUCUCACCACCAGUGAUGUACGAUGGGUGUGCUGGGGCGCGGCAUACACCAACCCCUUCCCGAACAUUGACAUCUCUCUGUACUCGGACUUCUCAGUCGGCUAUGGAUUCAAGACCAUGGUCACGUCCUGUGGUGUUGAGAUCGGGACGAAUUUCCUCGCUUGCUUCGGUGCCAACGAUCCAAGCGUGUCCUCGACAGGAGCCAAGAUCGGAGGUCAGGCCGAUCCUCCUGCUGGGAAGUUCUCGCAAGUUAGUGUGGGAGGGCUGCAUGCUUGUGCCAUCACCAACUUUGCGGACACGGCAACAUCCUACCGCUCGAAUCUUGUUUGCUGGGGGAACAACAGGAUGGGACAAACAACGGUUCCUGCUAUUGUGCAGGUUUCCAUUCUUACAACCAUCAACUACACGUACGUUCAGUUGGGAUACGAAUACUCCUGCGCCCUCAGGAGUGACAACCGGUUGACUUGCUUCGGGUCAGACCUGGACCAAUCCCUUGACAUGCCGGAUCGUGUGCUUGCCACCAACACGAAGAACGGAGGGUACAUGUCGUCGGGCUCUUCAUAUGGCUGCUGUCAUGAUUGCUCGCAGUGCGACUGCUCUACGGUCUCCCACGCGGGUGUAGGGGCAAGGUGUUUGGAGCAGCAGCGGAUCUCUGUCACCUGGUACCACACGUGUGCGAUUCGGGCAGGUUGCGAUGUGCAGGGCAAGAACCCAAAAUGUACCUCAGGGAGUUUGAGCACCUGGUACGCCAAAGACACAAGCUGCUUCUGCAACUCUUGUGUCAGACCGCAUGAAAUGGAGUGCUGGGGAUACAACGCAUGGGGAAACGCAAACGCGCCUCCUGGAAAGUUCAAAGUGGUCAAAGCUGACGUGGACUUCACCUGCGCCAUCUAUGCUGAGUGCAACAACAAGUAA